ACAGAUUUUUUCUGGUCAUACACAGAUGAGCCACACGCCUCUCGCAGAAGACAGAUCCUCUCUCAAUACCCUCAAAUCAGACAACUCUUUGGCCCUGACCCCUUUGCUUUCCUCAAGAUCGCCGCAGUUGUAUUGCUUCAGCUAUGGACCGCAACUUUCCUCUACAAUGCAUCUUGGUUGAAUAUAUUAAUAGUGGCUUAUUUUUUCGGCUCUUUUCUGAAUCACAAUCUUUUCUUGGCUAUUCAUGAGCUUAGUCACAACCUAGCCUUCUCAACUCCAGUCAACAACCGAUGGCUAGGAAUAUUUGCUAACCUUCCCAUUGGGGUUCCCAUGUCCGUCACCUUCCAAAAGUAUCAUCUCGAACACCACCGGUUCCAAGGUGUGGACGGAGUUGAUAUGGACGUUCCUAGUCUCACUGAAGCCAAGCUUGUGAGAAAUGUCAUCACGAAAUCAAUAUGGGUCGUACUCCAACUAUUCUUUUAUGCACUCCGGCCCCUCUUUCUAAAGCCAAAACCUCCCGGCCUAUGGGAGUUCAUUAAUUUUAUCAUCCAACUGGCCCUUGAUGCUGCAUUGGUUUAUUUCUGGAGCUGGAAGUCUUUUGGUUAUUUGAUUCUGUCUACCUUUGUUGGAGGGGGGAUGCACCCGAUGGCCGGCCACUUUAUCUCAGAACACUACGUUUUCAGUCCAGAUCAAGAGACCUACUCUUACUACGGUCCUCUGAAUCUGAUGACAUGGAGCGUAGGCUACCACAACGAGCACCACGAUUUCCCAAGAAUACCUGGGAGCAAGCUUCACAAGGUUAAGGAGAUUGCACCCGAAUUUUAUGACCAUUUGGAUUCGUAUAGAUCUUGGAGCCAGGUCAUCUACAUGUAUAUCAUGGACAGAACAAUCGGCCCUUUUAGCCGGAUGAAGAGGAAUAUAUCAACAAAGUCGACAAAUAAAUCUGAAUAGGUGCUCUGCGGUGCAAGUUUAUCUAAUCCCUCUUGCCCUCAUUUUUACUAGUUUACUACGAGUGAUUUCAUUUUUUAUACUCUCAUUUGUUUUUGUCAUUUUAGAUGAUUAGUUUGUAUAUGGUGCCAAUUAAUUUUCAUUGUUUAGACGUGUGGAUCUUAUUUGUUUCUUGUUGAGACAAAUAGAGUCAAAUCGAAUGUUUUUCCCAUAAACAUGGGUCAUUUUUUUGGGGUUAAUUACAAGUACACAGUUACUAGGAAU